AUGUUCAGUUUCCAGAUUGAUAUCUGCGAUCCUUCGAAGCGCUUUGGCCGUGAAGUGCCGAAGAGGGCUCGCCAACUUCCCCUGCUGGCAUACUCCAUCCUAGCUUUCUCAUCACGUCAUCAGGUCAUGAUCACUGGUAUUGACGACGAAAAAAGUGAAGAAUAUCAUAGUCAUGCUCUGCGUAUUUUGAUCCCCAUUCUCGAUGACCCGAUGUCAUCGUUGGAUGAAAACCUUCUAGCAGCAGCAGUCCUUCUGAGGCUGUACGAGGAGAUGUGUGAUGUCGAUAUUGGAACUCAUCUCAUUGGAUGCGCACGACUGUGGAAUAACAUCCCCGACUUCAUAGCUGAAGGCGGUUUGAGUGAAGCAGCGAGCUGGAUUCUCCUCCGACAGAACCUGCACAUCUCGCUCAUCAAAGGCGAGCCCAUGCAAGUAGACCUGAACAAAUACAGGCGUUCGAGGUCAUUUAUAGAGACGACUGAUGAGGACUUUGCGAAUCGCAUUAUUCUUAUCUGCUGCCAGGUAUUAGAGACUUUUUUUGGCCCAGGUGCACAGCCUGAUUAUGAAGCGUGGGUGCAUCUUGGGAAAGAGGUUGCGCUAUGGCAUGAUUCGAUACCUGCGCAUUAUCAUCCUUAUCACUCUGACAUGGAGGGUGGUUCUGCUGGUGUCAAGUCGGCGUUUCCUGUAGUAUGGAUGAUGAAUCCUGCUCGGGGUGAGUGCAUUGAAUACCUGCUAUCUGAGGAAAAUAACUUAUGCUUUGGCAGUUAUGGGAUACCAGCACUAUUGUCUAGCUCGCAUCCUGCUGCAUAUCUCUGA